ACAUAAAACCUAUGCGCCAGUUUGAUUGCGGAAGUCAAAGAAGGUGUAUCGAAAGAACUUAUCUUUAUUGCGGGUUCUUUGGUGCGAGUGAGUUUCUGUUCAAACAGGUUUGACCCGGUCUUGCUUGCACCUUUGUUUAUCCGCGUCCUUUUUUUUUUUUUAAAUUUCUUCGACCUUUGUGCGCGACGGAGUGAUCGAAAGCCAACGUAACAGGACUUUUUAUUUUUCCUCAUUUCACCAUCAAAAUGUGGAUUAUUGUGGUUCUGGCCGCCCUGGUUGCGGUAGCCUCCUCUCAGAGUUGUUCUUGUAGGACUAUGAAGUGGGCCACCUGUGAACCUGAUCCAUGUGUAUGUACCCUGUUGCUCGGUAACAAUGAGAAACAAGUGCUGAACUGUGACAAAAUGGUCCCCAAGUGCUUCUUGAUGAAGGCUGAGAUGUUUCGACUGAAGAAGGGUCAACGUGCGGUAGGAAAACCAGUAGAGCAUGCUUUUGUGGACAAUGACGGCAUCUACGACCCAGACUGUGAGAGUGACGGCACAUUCAAGGCCAAGCAGUGCAAUGGCACCGACACAUGCUGGUGCGUUAACAGUGCAGGUGUUCGUCGUACUGACAAGGGAGACGCCAACCUCAAGUGUGAAAAGCUGGUCUACACACACUGGCUUCGUUUUCAGAUGAAGCACAAAGAACUGCCAAAGGCAAUUGAUCAGUCAAAGCUGAAGGAUGCCAUUGCAAAUGCCAUAAGCGAACGUUAUGACAACUUUAACAAGUCACUGGUGGAAAAUGUCGAGUAUGACCCUGAUGGUCGUGUGAUAGUGGUGGAUGUGAAGAAGGAAAUUGGGGAUAGGACUACAGAUCUGACCCAUAUGGCCUACUACUUGGAGAAAGACAUCAAGGACCUGCCUCUCUUCAAGGACCAGGCAAAAUUUGAGCCUGCUGUGAAUGGUCAAAACUUGGCCAUGGAGGAUGUCCUGGUGUACUAUGUGGAUGAGGAGCCCCCAACUUUCACCAUGAAGGCACUGACAGGUGGAAUCAUCGCUGUUAUUGUAGUGGUGGUGCUACUUGUGGUUGUCGGCCUGCUUCUCCUGUUCUUCUUAAAUAGGAGACAGAACAUGCAGCAAAAGCAGUAUGCCAAAGCAGAGCCAAGAGAGAUGGAGGCCAUGUGAAGUCUUGAGAAUCUGAAGAGUCAGCUUUGCUUUUUGGAUAAACAUGCUUGCAGUGGGAGUGUGCCUUAUUUUAUUUUUAAUUUUUUUUUUUUUUUUUUUUUAAUACACUCGAGGAUUACAGAUUGCUGAGGAAAAUCUAGGUUGCGGAACUGCUACUACCACACUACUCUUUUUUUUUUUUUUUUAUUUAUAAAUUGUGCAAAGUCAUGAAUUAUACAGUCUGUAUUCAUGAAGUUGAUUUUAAUGUUUAAAUUUGUUCUCAGUUCUGUACAGUUUGAUGUAUGUAUACAUGUUUUUAAUAAAAUUGACUUUAA